AAAUGCUCUAUUGUUAGGGGAGGGAUCGGUAACAAAACGAGUGAGUUUUUGAUUAGCUGCAAUGACAACUGGGGUUCAACCAGUUAGAGACACUGCAGCUUUUACCCUGUGAGACCUUUUCGCAGCCGCUUUGAAAAGAAAAAUAGGCCUUCGAUGGCGCCUGUUUGAGGGUUUCUGAUGCGUGCGAUAAAGGUCGCGAGUAACUUGCUCCGUUCAGUCGGACCCGGGCGGGAAAAGCCUUUCGUGCUUUGGAGGUCAGACAGUUUGAGGGUUUGGGCUCUGCCAGGUGACCUGUUCCAUCACCUGCUCCUGCCUGGUUAAACCAGCCGAUUCAAAUAAAGAAUAAUACCCGCGUGAACCCAUCACACCAGUCAGCCGUGGCAAAUCCUCUGAAGCUGCUCCUUCAACUGCGCUAUCUAAUCACAUCUGCAAUACUUAAUAAUAACAGAUUCACCAUUGAUGGUCAUUAUGACACUUGAACUUCUCUGUGAUUAGUAGUACUUGGGUUGAUCCUCCUGCAGAGCUCCUGAAGCGGGACGUGGUGCUGGACCCGCUGGAGGGAAGUGAGGCGGUGAGCGCGGUGAACCAGGACCAGGACCAGGACCAGGACCGGGGGUACCGACUGUGAGACCCUGCAGUAGAAGGAGAGGUUUUCUAAAGGGACUCUGGUGGUCGGGGACACUUCAACAGACACAAGCAACACGACACGAAAGCUCCUCAUAGCGGCUUUGAAUAAAGUUUUUAAGGCAGGACCUUUACUUGUGGGGUGUAUUAGUAUAUUUAUAUCUGUCCGUGAAGGCACGGCGCUCUGCAGGAAUCUCACAUGCAACGUGCAUGUGUUUGUGACUAAAUAUAUUAUUUAUAAUUUGUAUUGUCUUUAGGGCUUGUGGUGUUUUCACAGUAUGUGAUGAAAUCCGAUAAUCAGUCUUCAGUCCCAGUUAACUCGCACUUGUUUUUGGCUCAUUGCUGCUCAUAAAUACUGAUGCUAAUAAACUAUUGCUUCUUCUCCCUGGACUUCAACACAAAGAGCACAAAGGUUAUGAAAGCAUGUCAGGGUCUGCAGAUGCUUCUGAUUCCACGUGAUCUAUGACGAGGCAGCGGUGGAACCGGUGGAACCGGUGGAACCGGUCGUGGCGCUCGCUCUGCUGUCUCAUUCCUUCAGUGGGAACAGAGGCCGCCGGCGGCAACAGACGCCUCACUUCAUGUUUUCUUGGGUGUUCGAGGAGAAACGCUCGUCCCUCUUCAGCCGGCUUUGAGAAGAGGAGACGGGUAAACGAUGGAAAGUCCUCUCGGUGAGUUCAUGGUCCAGAUAAAUGUAAAAGUAACGAGGAAUAGAAUUGUUGUUCCGGUAUUCUUCAUAUGACUGUGAUUGUAUUUGAUCAGUGGAAGUUGCAGUGCAGGUUGUUUUCAGAUCAAAUCAACCUUCAUCAGGACGUCUGAGCGGCGAGAGGCAUUCAGGUCCCCCCUUGUUUUACUCACAGCUCAGAUCAGCUGUUAAAGCACUCUCGUUUCCAUGGCAACGACCUUUUGAUCGCUUCCUCCGACUGGUGAGAAACCGCUUGGACCCGACUAGAUCUCCAGAAAAAGAACAAAACUCUUCCCUCAAAGACUCCCGACGGCUUCGUGUGAACAGCGAGUCGUAAGAGGAGCCGAGGCGUCACACGCACAAAUUAUGCUUUUUAGAAUUUAAAUUGACCCUUCUUAAUUGUUCCAUUAUUCCUAGAAUGCAUUUAACGGUGCAGAUUCUUUGGAUCUAUUUACUUGUAUAUCUACGGACAAACUAUUUUAAAGUUGUGACGCUCAGAUAAAAGCCUCUGAACGUGUCCACUUUCUGCCUCCUGUCUCAUCACUGCUGGUUGUCUUAUUGUGGGAUGAGGUUUGGUGAUGAGUCACUCUUUUCUUCCCCCAGCAGCUUCUUUUCAUUUGUGGUCGCCUUGGACCAGAACUUCGGAGACAAGGAGCGGGCCGCCUUGGAGGCUCACGCGGGCCUCCUGGGCGCCGGCGUCUGGGGGCACGCCGUGGUCCUCCUCACCCACGGGGACAGCUUGGCGGGCCGACCCGUGGAGGAGCACAUCGAGCUGGAGAGCGGCGCCCUGCGCUGGCUGGUCGAAAGGUGCGAGCAUCGCUACCACGUGGUUAACAACGCCAAAAGGGCGGAGCCGGGUCAGACCGCAGAGCUCUUCCAGAAGAUCGAGGAAAUGGUGGCGGGAAACGGCGGGCAGCUCUUCCACCCCGAGGCGGGCAAGGUCCACCUGAGGAUAGAGGAGAAGUUUGCGAGUACGCGGCUGAAGGAGGUGAAGAAGCGGCGGAUGGAGGCGGAGUUCAGGCGGAGGGAGCUGGAGCUGAUGGAGGGCUUCAAGGAGACGCUCCUCCGCCUGCAGGGAAGCGUGAGGAGCAGAUCAAAGUCGCCGACCACAGGUUUCCUCCAGAAGAAGGAAGUCGGAAAGGAGGAGGAAAUAAUUGACAGAACAAUCUGCCUGGAAAUUGAAAAGCUGGAUAAGGAAAUGGAAAAAACAAAAUCCUCAGUUGAUGUGCAGAGCAGCAUGGACUUCAUCUUCCCCGAUUUAAACGCGGCGACUCCGGCGUCUCAGGGGGGAAAUUCCUCCCGCCGCUUGGACAACGUUCUCGGGUGGCUGUCGAAGCUCCAGGUCGGCGAGGAGAACCAGACGACCCUGAACUUCUCCCAGACCUCCGGGUACAGAUCGGAGCUGGACCUCAAUGACCUGAACGAAUGAGACGCAUCGAGGAUUUAAAAACUGCAGAACGUUUGUUCAGGAAGGCCUUCGUUAAAGACGUCAUGGGGGUUCAUGUUCACACCUCAUUCGCUUCGGCUCAAUUAUAUUUUACAGCGUACAUACAGCGUUCAUACAGUGUACAUAUUAUACAGCGUGCGUUGGAAAAUGUCGGUGUCGUGUACGGAGCCGGUGGUCGAAGAGAGAGACGCGCUGGUCGGCGUAGAAGCUUCGCCAGGAGUCGCCCUCUGAUGGGCUUUCUGCUUCGCCAGCAGUCUGCUUCCUUUAGCACUAAUGCCGCUCUCCCAUGUUUGAAAUAUCUAAUGUUCUGCCUCCACAUUACUUACAUUCUGCUCGUCCCGGGUCUUUGUUUGUUGUAACUCAUGACAUGCACUUUUCCAUAUGUAGCCAACCACAGUUAAAUCUACACUUCCCUAAACUACUGUUUUUACGGCCACCAAACUUGCGGAAAUGAUUUGAGAGCGUCCUGCUUAUAUUUUGAGCGUCUCUUUCAAAACCAUCUGAAUUAUUUAAAACGUAUCCUAAAUAAACCACAUAUAACUAAUUUUCAUAACUUUUCCAAAACCUUUGGGAUUUGCAAACGACGCCUGGAAACGACCUUUUUUAAAAUUCCAUUACUUUUCCAGGUUUUCCAUGACCGUACGAACCCUGCCCUGCCAGGAUUCAAGCUUAUUGCUCCCGCUGUUCAUGCUAAAAGCUCCCGGGUUUAAGUUUCUAGUUCUACAAGUUUUCCAGUCUCAGUUUUCACAGUUUUUCAACGCUGUUGCUAAUGUUUUAGCUAACGCUCUCACUAAUGUCUUAGAUAACGCUUUGUCUAACGUCUUAGCCAGCGCUUUUGCUAAUGUCUUAGAUAACGCUUUGUCUAACGUCUUAGCUAACGCUUUUGCUAAUGUCUUAGCUAAUGCUUUCGCUAAUGUUUUAGCUAACGCUUUUGCUAAUGUUUUAGCUAAUGCUUUCGCUAAUGUUUUAGCUAACGCUUUUGCUAAUGUUUUAGCUAAUGCUUUCGCUAAUGUUUUAGCUAACGCUUUUGCUAAUGUUUUAGCUAACGCUUUUGCUAAUGUUUUAGCUAAUGCUUUCGCUAACCAAAAUGGUGGCAGCACUUAUCUUCAUGAAAGGUAGAAAGUCUCUCGGUUGUUGGAAAGUUCACUUAGUCUCGUGCAUCGUACAGUGUAUCAGCGAUCUGAACGUCACUAUUCUCUUAUCUAACGUUCCAGCUUCCUUUUUGAAUAUUCAGAUUCUCAGUAUAGGCUAUUCAUUACUUUCCUGCUCGCUUUACUUUUAUUUUAUUUCCAAUUAUCUUCAUCUUCAUCGGUCCUAAAAGUUAUUUCUAUAAUAAAAUCCGGUUUGAUCGGCAUUUUCUCAACCUUUGUUUCAACUCAAAAGGUCUUGUUCUUCACAUUGUGUUUUCCUCAACUGUUGCAACCUUCUUAUCAUCUGCACAUGUUAAUCCAACAAUAACAUUUCACAUAAAAGACUUAUUUGGUAUUUGAUAAUGACCUGUGUAAUUCUCCCCCUCGUGCUAAUUAAAAAAGACCUUGCAUGAGGUCAGUUCCCGCUGUUAGGCUGA